AUGACGACGACCACGUCACUCAAAGGCGUUCCCGAAGAGCACUUGACAUUCAGUCUGGGAUUUGUGGAGACAUCGGGGGCUGAUUUGCGAGGAUCCCGCGUAAAACACGUGGGAGAUCCGGUGGACGAUGACGAUGCGGCGACCAAACGAUACGUCCAUACGGCCAUUAUGGCCGGGUCCACUACGGGGGCCAAUCAAGGCAACUACAACGAUUCUGGAAUUGUAUUUUACAGUCCCUCGGGAUAUCAAACCAAUGCGAAUUUCACAUACACGACGUCGAGUGCGACCCUUUCUGUGGGGAAUUUGGUGGUGGGUAAGUCAGGCAGCAUCAAUGCACCGACUGGAUCCGGCGGGACCUUUUUGGUGGCCACACCCAAUGAUCUCGACACCAUCAAUGUGAAUGGAUAUUCCGGAUUGGUUUUAAAUUUGCCACAGCCGUAUUCGCAAUUGACAUUGCAACUGGCCUCGUUGCCCAACGCCACGCUGGUCAUAAGCUCUACCCACAACGUGUCGACGAUUUUGACUCCCGGAGCCGUCUUUGCGACGAAUCAAGCCGUGACUUCGUUGGUAGCGGGUGUGCCCCAUGGAAGAAGCAUGACUUUGUAUGAAGUCUUGGGUGUGAGUCCUUCAGCUAGUGGAGAAGACAUCAAACGGGCGUACCGGAAAUUGGCAUUAAAAUAUCACCCGGACAAAGCCCGGGAUGGCGACGAUAAGGCCGAAUUGGAAGCCAAGUUCAAGGAAAUAUCGGAUGCUUACCAAAUCUUGUCGGACCCACAACGACGCCACCAAUAUGACUGCAAUCCAACGGGAAAUCCCAUCGAUUUGCUCACUUCCAUGUUUGCCAACAUGACGCGAGCGGUCAAUCGGGACAUUCAUCUCGAGGCCGAAGUAACAUUAGAGCAACUGGAUGCCGGAAAACCCACUCGGCUGACGUAUUCAAGAAAUGGCAGCUGUUCCCAUUGUUCAGGACAAGGCGGUGUGGGAGAAAUCAAGCCAUGCGAACCAUGUGGUGGAAAAGGGUUUGCGCAGGUUCAGGGUAUGGGACCACUGAUGUUCAUGAUACAGCCUUGCAACACAUGUGAAGGAAAGGGAAAACAUUGGUCGCAAAAGUGCGGCGAAUGUGACGGUAGAAAGUUUCUUCCGCGGGAGGAGAUAUUGGAAUUUACCAUCCCCGCGGACACUCCUGAAGGUCAUGUCUUUACCUUUUCGCCUGGUGGACAAGGUCAGGUGUAUGUCUUAUUUCGAACGGUAGCACACCCGCGUUUCAAGCGAGAAGGUGUGAAUUUGAUUGUUCAACAUGACUUGCCCCUCCAAACCGCUUUGUUGGGUGGGACGGUGACCAUCCCGACAUUACGAGGUGACACGCGGGAUGUGACGGUCACCUCUGUGGUGGUUCCUGGAGAUGUGUGUCGCAUUGCUGAUGCGGGAUUGGGUGGGAAAGGUCAUCUGGUGGUAAAAUGGAAUAUUGUGUUUCCGCGGGACAUUCAGCCAGAAGCCAGAGAGCUUUUUUCCAAGGCCUUUGAGAUAUGCGGCUAA